AUGGGCCAAAAUAUUAUGUAGGACUCUUUAUGUAUAUCUAGGACUAACUACAGUACUAUUUGUCUAAGUGUAAUAACGUUAAAGACGUGCCUGUUAGAAUAUAUGCAAAUAUAUUCUUGUAUAUAUCUCUUGUUUAUAUUAGUUAAGUGUAUAUUUAGGAUUAAUCCUUUCCUAGUUUGUUACCGUAAUUAUAGCAUUAGAUUGCUAUUGUAAUUUGUAUAUAAUAUUUACACAGCUAAUGAAAUGAUCCAACGAUCAUAUCACUUUCAUGGUAUCAGUAGGGUUUCGAUCCUAAUCUCAUCUCUCACGGCCCAUCUUCUUCUUCCCCUGUUCUUCCGCUGCAACAUUCCAUGGCUGACACUCCCAAAUAUCACCCUGCUUUGACAAUCACUAAUGUCAAAUCCCUUAUCCCGAUCACUUUGGAUGCCAACCAAGGCUUGUAUCACUCUUGGGCCGCCCUCUUUAAAGUGUUAUGUAGGGUUCACGACCUUACAGCACACAUCGUCCCUCCUACGGAAGCUGCUGAACUCGAAGCAUAUGAGAAAUCCAAGAAGGCAGACAUGGCUUUUUGGCGAAGACUCGAUGCCGCGGUCCUAAAUUGGAUAUACAGUUCCAUUUCUUCCGAUCUUCUCACUGCCAUCCUCCUCAAGGAUGACACCGCUCAAGGUGCCUGGACACGUUUAGAAUCUAUGUUCCAGGACAAUAAGGCAUCACGAGCAUCCCAUCUCGAACAAGAGCUCGCAGACCUUGAUUUCGAAAAUUUUUCCUCCAUUGAUGGCUAUUGUAAUCACAUCAAAUCCCUCGCCGAUCGUCUUGCGGAUGUUGAUGCUCCGAUUCUCGAUACCCGUCUAAUUCUCAAGCUCACCGCCGGACUCCCUGAGGCAUAUGCCGGCACGAUUGAUUUCAUUCAAAAUCAAGAGCCGCUGCCAUCCUUUGAAAGCUGCCGGUCCCGUUUAAAAUUGGCCGAACGAGCCAUCAAAAAUCGUCUGGCUAAAGAGGGGGGGACCACCAGCCGUUCUCCGACUGCUCUCGUCUCCGGUCAGCACCAUUCCGCAACCUCUGCGAACUCCUCCAGGUCGAACAAAAAGUCCAACCAUUCCAAGAAUUUUGACUCUAAACCCGCAAACAAGCCGCGCAAUUCUGGCCCAGCCCAGCAGCAGCAAUCCGGCCCAAUGCGACAGUGGCAGUUUCAGCAAGCUCCUUGGCUUGCACAGUGGGCUCCGUAUUGGGCCAAUCCUCCGUGUCCAUACCCCGCCCAGUCUUGGGCUCCAAGGCCGGCUUCUUCUUCGACAGGGUCACGGCCUGGUGGGCCUGGUAUUCUAGGCCAUGCUCCGCAAGCUUACCAUGCCACGGAUAAUGGUCCUAAUCCAACUCCGACGCACAUUGAAGCCGCUUUGCAGAUGCUAGCUAAUAUCAAUCGCCCGGAUACUAAUUAUUAUAUGGAUACUGGAGCAACAUCUCAUAUGACGGCUGACCAAGACGGGAGCCCACCUAAUGAGAUGUGACAGUUCCGGUGACCUAUAUCCACUCUUUCCUCCUAAUCAAGCCAACCCUUCAUUCCAACAUUCUAAUUUUACUGCUCUCUCUUCCGAUCUAUGGCAUAAUCGACUUGGACACCCGGGAGAUGUUGUUCUUAGAUCCUUAAGUAGUAAAAUUUUUAUUGAAUGUAAUAAGGCUUGUAAUUCUUUUUGUUCUUCGUGUCCAUUAGGGAAACACGUUAAACUUCCUUUUUAUGAUUCUAUGUCGCACACUGCUUUACCUUUUGAUAUAAUUCAUAGUGAUCUAUGGACUUCCCCUAUUGUCA